CGUCGAUUGUGAGCAAAAUAUGCGGCUCUUUUGGCUAUUAUGUGUUGUGCACUAAAAUGCCCACAUAUUUGGACACAGUAUUCGGGAUGUCUAUACAGACCAACAGUUGGUUUAAUUCGCUAUUUUACGCCAUACUAUGCGUGUCGACGCUGAUCGCCGGUCCCCUCUCCACGUGGGUUAACGGCAAACACUGGAUCUCAUUGACGAGAAGUCGCAAAAAUUUUCAAAGUUUUGGUAUGUUUGGCUGUUGUAUAUGCAUAGGUGUAAUACCGCUGGUCGGUUGCAAUAUAGUGGCCGUAAUGUGCCUGUUGCUUUCGGGCAUAUUUCUGUUUGGGUCCAUUGCCGGCGGCGAAUACGCCUGUAUUCCCGAAUACGCGCCCAACUAUUCGGGCACUGUUUACGGCGUGGCCUCUACUCUGGCCUCAACCACAGGUUUUAUGGGCCCUCAGAUUGUGGGACUACUCCUCGAUCAC